GAAAUAAUGUAAUUAACUACAGUAAAAGGCUUUGUGCGCGAAAUUAUUAUUUCUCUGCGUCCAAAUCAUUAACUAUUUAAACAACUUUUGCCCGAGUCUCCAAAAAACGCCAGACUGAUGAUUGAUGUCGACAAAGCACCCUGCCUGGCUGCAAGAAAGAAAAAAAAAAAAAACAAAUGUGUCUAAAUGUGGCUGUGAGGAGAGGAAGAGAGAGGGAGCUUUCAACCUGAUCACAAACUUGGUUUUGCGCGCGCCCCGCCCUCCUGCUCCUCUUAUAACCAGAAAGCCUGUUUUGCAGGAACGCUCAAACAUAACAGGAACACUGAGGAGAGAGAGAGAGAGACCACAUAUCGCUGUGCAUGAAACCAUUCCUGGAGAGACAGACGACGACGAACUGUUUGGCUACACAAAGACUUUAUACUUGGAUUACUUUGUUGUUUUUUUUUCCACCUUUAUGACCAAACGACCAGAAGAAGUGGCCAUGGAUUUUCUCAACCACAACUAUUUGAACGCGCGCGGCCCAUAUGACUAUACUUUCAACUCCUGGAACGACUAUCUCGGGCUGACGACUUUAGUCACGAAGAAUAACAAGCUCAGCAUGCCCCAGAAUCCCAACUCCAUCACCGAGUCCCUGAAGGCGACCCUGGGUUUGGACGACUCCGCGGCGUGUCCGUGCGUAAUCGCCGCGAGCUGCGUUGGAGAGAGCGGCGCGCACCUGGACUGCUGCUGCUGCACGUCCGCGAGCCCACCACCACCGGCCUCCAUCCUGGACUUGAAGGAGCGCUUCUCGAUACUGAGCCCUUUCCAGAUGCAGAACCAGCUGCCAGAGCGAGAUGUCGGCUUCGGUGGCAGCUUCUCUGGGUUCGACCUCUUCGGCAUGGAGAGGAAGAUGCGCAAACCAGCUUCCAGGAGCAAGCAGGAGCCCAAAAUCUGCGUCUUCUGCAGAAAUAACGGAGCACCAGAGGAGGUGUACGGCUCCCACGUGCUGAAGACUCCGGACGGCAGGGUGGUGUGUCCGAUUCUGAGGGCUUACACUUGUCCCCUUUGCAGUGCCAACGGGGACAAUGCACACACGAUCAAAUACUGUCCACUGUCUAAAGACCAGCCAUCCCAGCGACCAUUAAAGGGAGGGAGGGCUGUGGGUGGUAAGAGGAUGAAAAUAUUCUAAAAAAAAAAAAGAAAACAGACGUGACUAUAGAAAGUAAAAUUUGAAUUGCACUGAACAAUUUUUUCCAGAUGACUGUUUUUGAUUUCGGCUCUAUAGCCUUUAUCCCUAAACAUAUUGAUUUUAUCUUCUUUUUUCUCUCUCUCUAAGAUCUCUUAUAUUUUUAUAGUUCUUUUAUCCACAUAGAAUUAUGCUUUAUACAUUGGAUUUUAUUUUUCUUGCUAGUUUAUAGUCAUUUUGAGCGUGUGCAUAUAAAUAUCAAUAAUCACAAAAAGUGUGAGUACAUUUGAAGAAGAAGAGUAUUUUGGUCAUGUAGGGAAACACACACUGACAUUGGUAAAAAAAAAAAAAAAGGGGAUGAAUGUCAUAUUUCUACCAAGUAUUUUUGUACGGUGAGCUGUAAGCUCACUUGCGAUUUUUUUCUUUCUUUCUUUCGUCUUAGAAAACCAAAGUUAUGUUUGCCAUUAAAGAAGCUCAAGAAUGUGUCAUUAAUGAGUGCUUGUGUGUGUGUGUCUGACUGGAGGAGGAACUCUUUUUGAUCCCAUCUUGCCUGCCUAGAAAACUCCACAACAUAUUUUCCAACUUGCUCUAAAAAAAGUUGACAUUCAAUCUUGUGAGGCAGGAAGAGAAAAAAAAAAGAGACAAUGUGGCCUCUGUUUGAGGGCUCAUGUCCUCUGGGGAACAUUAUAAUCAAUUGUUGCCAAGCCAAACCUCUUCUCCAAUCCUAUGUGAUGAGAAUAUUUGACUUCACAAGCAGAAAUGAGAGAUUCUAGCCUACAUUUCUUUAUGUUUACAUUCCCAAAUAAGGGCGACACACUGGAUUUCCUUUCUCUGUCAGGUCUCUCUUUCUCUAUGGUGUUUUUUUGUUUGUUUUGGUUUUGCCCUGACAAUGUAUCCACCAGAGAGUUUCACUCUAUGGGGGUGAAAAAAGAGCAAAUGAAUGUUUAGCAAACAACAACAUGUUCUCCCGUUAUUUCUUUUUCUGAAGAAUCCAAAAAAAAGAUGCAAAAAUGUUGUGAAUGUAUGAUUGAAAGUGUCACUUGCAGGACUGCACAUUUCUGACAGUUUUGUUUACCAAAGGAAUACAAUUGCAUUGAAGACAGAAGAGAGAUUUGCUGUAUUGUACAUAAAGUGAUGUUUAUUCAGUAUUUUAACAUUACAAGUGACUUCAGAGGGCGCUACCUCAACAGGAUUUUGUACUUAACAUGUAAAAUGUCAACAGCAGUUUAUUGAUAUAGUGCUGCCAUUUAUAAUAAGGGUUUUUGAUAGUAUUUUUGAUCUUUGUAUAACAUAAUUGUAUUUUCAUUUUGUUGCAUUUAACAUGAUGGAAGUGAAUUUCCAAGAAGCUAUAAGCAUUGCUCACCAAAAGGUGAUUGUCUGUAAAUAAUGAUUAUACCCAUACUUUGGAAAGUUUUAGUUGUUCAAUGUUACAUUCUUGAGAGUGUGCAAGAGAGUGGAUAUUGAAAAAGGCUGACACAAUUUGCCACUUUUAACAGAGUUUUUUUUUUUUUUUUUUGAUUAAAUGAAUAAUAGAAAAAGAAACACUGUUGAACUUUGUUAUUUAUAUUUUACCACAAUUUCCUGUAUGCUGCUGUGCAGAAUAACAACAUAUGAAUCCACUAGAGAAAUAAAAACCUAUCAAAUA